AUGCUUUUGUGUCAGGCUACUCUUUUGUUUUUAUUAUUCAUAUGCUCUACCCAGGCUUAUCAAAACAGUGUUUAUGAUUCAUUAUUAAAAUAUGCCUACAUAUCAAAGAUCAGUUACUGCAUAGACCUUCUAAGAGGUGAACAUGAUUUAUCAGAACCUAUAGUGCUCAAGCCCAAACCUUUAGGGUUCUCCCAAGCUGGUUUCAAUACAACGGAUUAUUCUGCAGUGCCUACUGAAGAAACUGAUUUACAUUUGGCAAAACUAUUGAAAAAAGGGAAUAAAUCUAGUGGUGUUCAUAGUGCCGAUGAUCAUAAUGAUAGUGAUCAAGACGAUGAUCUAGAGAUUUCCACAUCAGAAGGAUUUUUCGCUAUAGAUCAUACUGGUAAUGGAACAAUCAUUUUAUCUUUGAGAGGAAGUAUAAACUUCAGAGAUUAUCUAACAGAUUUAAAUACCAAUACCAUUGAUUAUGAACCAGUCAAUGAGAAUGCCAAAUCAAAAUUUAAAGGAUGUGAAGGUUGUAAGGUACACAAGGGAUUUCAUACAAGAUUAGGAGAGAUCGAAGAAGAAAUAUUCACAACCGCUGAAAAAUUGGUUGAAGUUUUCCCUGACUAUAAUGUCGUCGUUACAGGUCAUUCUAUGGGUGGAUCUUUAGCAAUGUUGGUUGGUAUUGAAUUUUCGUUAUUAGGUUAUGAUCCUUUAGUUAUUGCAUACGGGAAUCCCAAGGUUUCAAACCAAAACCUUUCAGAUUAUAUGGACACUUUGUUUUCUACAGAUGAAGUCGAACAAGCAGUUGAAGAAGAUGUACAACUUACAAGUGGAUGUCUUCGUGUCUUUCAUAAUGGUGAUUAUAUACCGAUGCUUCCACCAGGAAACAACAAAUUCAUUCAAGCUGGAUUGGAGUUCGUUAUUACCAAAGAAGACCUUCCACACCCCAAAAGUGCAGUGGAAUACGUUGGUAAAGCUCAUAGAAUAGUACACCCAACAGAGUUCAAAUUCUCAGAUCUUUUCACGUUUGAUUUAGAUAAAAUAUUCUCAACAUGUGGAGUACUUCUACAAAAUAGCCCAAUGUGA